CACCCGCCGCCGGGCCGCGCCGCGCCGGAGCUAGAGAUGAAGAAGUCCAAGGCGGCGGCGUCUGCGGCGGCAAGGCAUCCGAGCCACGCGGCGCAGAACGGCCACGUCCUGCCCUCCAAGCUCGCCAGGUACCUCGACCCCGAGGCAUCCUGGGACAAGGAUCAGCUGCUGGACGCGGUGCACUGGAUCCGGCAGGCCGUGGGGCUCGCGUGCGGCCUGCUCUGGGGGGCCGUCCCCCUCGUCGGCGCCUUCUGGAUCGCGCUAUUCUUUACUAUUUCCACCGUGAUAGUUCAUUUGUACUACGCGUAUUUGCUGAAGAUUGAUGAGGAAGACUUUGGAGGCCACGGCGCCCUACUUCAGGAAGGGCUCUUUGCCUCUUUCACCCUUUUCCUGCUUUCAUGGACUUUGGUAUACAGUUUGGUACACUUUUGAGAAAGCCCAUCUGCAGAAAUACGCCCGCCAUGGGAUUUUCGUUGUUCAUGUCAUUGUAGAUUGGCUAUCACGGAUGACGUAGACGGUGUAAGGUUACAGUACUACAGAACAGCACCAUCGAGCUAUUCCUGUAUCAAUUACUGUAACACGGAUAGAUUGUCCACACUCAGUGUAAUCCUGAUAGAUUUUAUUGAUACAUCCGAGUAAGUUGUAAAGUUUUACAGGCGAGGUGGUUUUCUCCUUGCAUGGCUGUCUCCA